GUUUGCAGGCCCUUUUCAGCUUCCAUCCAUUCCUCACUUUCUUUCUCCUCAUAAUAAUAAUUCUCCUCACACUCCAAUGGCUUCUUCUUCCAACCCUUCACUUCCACCCACACCCCACCCCUUCUCAAACGGGUACGAAUUCGACCCCAACACCACCUUCGUUCAAGCCGACCCCUCAACAUUCCGCGCCGUCGUCCAAAGACUAACCGGCGUAGCCGGUGAAAAGCUCGCCGGAAAACCCAAUUCCUCCUGCGAGAUGGGUCCCCGCAGGCCCGCCUUCAAGCUCCACGAAAGAAGACCGACUGCAAGAAAGCUGGAGAUCAAGCUGAACAACAACAAUGGCGCCGCCGCAUUACAUUCUCCUUCUUCUGCAAGGAAUCGUACGGUUAUGGCUUCGCCAGUUUCGCCGUUGGAUUAUCUGGCGGCGAGAAGUCCCAAGUCUCCAAUGGAGGAAGAAGAGAGAGCCAUCGCUGAGAAGGGUUUUUAUUUGCACCCUAGCCUGUCAAGCACUCCGAGAGGAUCCGACCCGCCGGAGCUCCUGCCCUUGUUCCCUCUCCAUUCACCUAGGCCUACCGAUAAUCAUUCAUAAUUUCAAAUUCUUGAAUUAGAUGAUUCUUAGUAUCAUAUGUAAUUAGUGUAUUAGUCCACCACCAAACCUAACUGCCUUGCUUGCUUAUGUUCCAAUAUUGUUACGAUGAGUUUUGAUUUUUUGUUAAGAUAUUUCAUCCACCUAUUGGCGAUUCAUAGGAUUAAUUAAACCUAAUUUCCACUCU